AUGUUCAUAUACAACGUGCACGCACCACACAAGACGUUUGCGCUCGCCGCAAAAGCCAACGAGAACUCGGUCGCGCUCAUCGAACGUAUCAUUACCAAAGCGAGCCUCCUCCCGGCCGAGGCGGAGGUGCUGCGCGCCAGACGCGACGGCGCAGGUAUCGUGUACGAGUUUGAGGGCGAGCGCUGGGCGCUGGAAGAUGAUGACGACCUGGCGAUUGUCAACGAGCGGUUCCGCGCCGAUGCCGAGACGAUGGCGAGCCCCUCCAUCACGCUGCAUAUCAACCUGCCGCACUCGAACGGGAUCAUGCAUCACACAACAAGCUUCAACGGCCCGCCUCCGUCGUUUGUGUCUGCCAGCGCCCAGCUGCAGGCUCGCACCGAGAAGAAGAAGAAGUCGCAGUCGUCCCGGUCCGGCUCGCGCCCCGCGUCCGCCGCUGGCUCGGUCAUUGUCGCGUCCACCGUCCCCUCCCUCCCGAGCUCGCCGCUCGCCGCGUCCCGCGUCGAGCACGUCCACUACGUGCCCCCGCCGUCUGACCCGUUGACGGCCGCAAACCACCUGGGCAUCCCCAACUCGGAGAAGAUGCGGUCCCGCUCGGCCCAGAGCAUGCGCAGCGGUAUGAGCACGCGGUCCAGGCGGAGUAAGUGGGGAGACGACGAUGCCGAGCCGCUCGGCGACACCAAGCGCCGCCAGUUCAACGAGUUCCACGCGAGCAACGGCGUGCGCACCGUCGUGGGCAAGGUCGGCAAUGUGGACAAUGUCCGUAUGCUGCUCAAGUCGGGGUACCGACAUGUCUACAUCUCGCGCUCGUUUGCGAUGCGCCACCGCCUGAUCUCGAGCAAGCAAUCACCAGGGUUUGGCGGAUACUCUGGUCUCCAGAUCCUCGGCCAGGUCCCCAUCACCAUUGGGUCGCGGACUGGGAUCCACACGGCCAUGCUGUCCGAGGAGCAGCACUUUGACGUGGUGCUGGGCCGCGCGUGGCUCGAGAAGAUGAACAUCAAGGUGGACCCAUUGGAUCAGACGCUCCUGACGUAUAUGGAUUCUGGAGAGACGAUCCCGUGCGACCUGGUCGUGUUGCGCGAUGCAAAGGGCGAGGUCAUCACGAUCACCUGA